CUCUCAAAAUGCAACCAACCGAUCAUGCACCAGAGCAUGUGGAGGACAACCUCGGUGGUGAGGAGGCGUUCGAAGAAUUGGCAGAGGCGGCCGAGGCUGACGAGGCGAAGGCCGACGAUGAAGUGGCAGGAGCUGGGGAGGCGGGAGAGGAAGAUGCAUACGCGGAACAUGAUGGCGAAGAGCGGGUAGAGGAAGAUGGUGCGGACGAGGAUGCCGAGGAGGAGGAGGAGGAGGAAGAAGAGGAGGAGGAGGAAGAGGGGGAUGGGGAGGAGGAGGAGGAAAGGGAGGAAGAGGAGGAAGAUGAGGAAGAGGAGGAGGAGGAGGAGGAGGAGGAGGAGGAGGAGGAAGAAGAGGAGGAGGAGGAGGGGGAUGAGGCGGAAGAAGAGGAGGGAGGGGAGGAGGCAGUCGGGGUGGAGGGCAUGCAGGUGGUGGCGGCCAACGACGACUCGGAUGCUAGUGCCCACUACCUGCGAAACAUGCGGAGCGCACGAGCGCAGGCGCUGAGUAAGCAGUCUACAUGGGACGAGGAGGAGGAGGCCGAGCGCAUGCUGAGGAAGGGACAGAGCAGCAAAUUUGAGGCAGCAGCCAAGGAGCUUCAGCAGCGAGAGUGCAGCAUCAGGGGGAGUACCAACAGCAGAGGUAGAGCAGAAGCAGAGGGAGUACCAGCAGCAGAGGUAGAGCAGCAGCAGAGGGAGUACCAGCAGCAGAGGUAGAGCAGCAGUAGAGAGAGUACCAGCAGCAGAGGGAGUACCAGCAGCAGAGGUAGAGCAGCAGCAGAGGGAGUACCAGCAGCAGAGGGAGUAUCAGCAGCAGAGGUAG